CCAGCCGGUCGCGAACCCCCCUCAACAUGGCGGCAGCGGCGCUCUAGGCGCCGGAAGGGGGCGUGGGAAUCGGUGAGACCGCGCGCGUGCGCAGUACCGGGCCCGCGCCGGUCCCCGAAACUUCGCACCCCGUCGAACUCUCGCGAGAGCGGUGUCUGCGUGUCGGGACGUGCGGAGGCUGUCACUUUCCGUCAUGGCGCUGAAGGUAGCGACGGUCGCCGGCGGCGCUGCGAAGGCAGUGCUCAGGCCAGCCCUUCUCUGCCGUCCCUGGGAGGUUCUAGGUGCCCACGAGGUCCCCUCGAGGAGCAUCUCUUCACAACAAACAAUUCCUCCAUCAGCUAAGUAUGGCGGGCGGCACACAGUGACCAUGAUCCCAGGGGAUGGCAUUGGGCCGGAGCUCAUGCUGCAUGUCAAGUCUGUCUUCAGGCACGCAUGUGUACCAGUGGACUUUGAAGAGGUGCACGUGAGUUCCAACGCUGAUGAAGACGACAUUCGCAAUGCCAUCAUGGCCAUCCGCCGGAACCGUGUGGCCCUGAAGGGCAACAUUGAAACCAACCAUAACCUGCCACCGUCGCACAAAUCUCGAAACAACAUCCUUCGCACCAGCCUGGACCUCUAUGCCAACGUCAUUCACUGUAAGAGCCUGCCAGGCGUGGUGACCCGGCACAAGGACAUAGACAUCCUCAUUGUCCGGGAGAACACAGAGGGCGAGUAUAGCAGCCUGGAGCAUGAGAGCGUGGCGGGAGUGGUGGAGAGCCUGAAGAUCAUCACCAAGGCCAAGUCCCUGCGCAUUGCCGAGUACGCCUUCAAGCUGGCGCAGGAGAGCGGGCGCAAGAAAGUGACGGCCGUGCACAAGGCCAACAUCAUGAAACUGGGCGAUGGGCUUUUCCUCCAGUGCUGCAGGGAGGUGGCAGCCCGCUACCCCCAGAUCACCUUCGAGAACAUGAUUGUGGACAACACCACCAUGCAGCUGGUGUCCCGACCCCAGCAAUUUGAUGUCAUGGUGAUGCCCAAUCUCUAUGGCAACAUUGUCAACAACGUCUGCGCAGGACUGGUUGGGGGCCCAGGCCUUGUGGCUGGGGCCAACUAUGGCCAUGUGUACGCAGUGUUUGAAACGGCUACGAGGAACACCGGCAAGAGUAUCGCCAAUAAGAACAUCGCCAACCCCACGGCCACCCUGCUGGCCAGCUGCAUGAUGCUCGACCACCUCAAGCUGCACUCCUAUGCCACUUCCAUCCGUAAGGCUGUCCUGGCGUCCAUGGACAAUGAGAAUAUGCACACUCCAGACAUCGGGGGCCAGGGCACAACAUCUGAAGCCAUCCAGGACAUUAUCCGCCACAUCCGCGUCAUCAAUGGCCGGGCCGUGGAGGCCUAGGCUGGCCCUGGGACCUUCUUGGUUUGCUCCUUGGAUUCUCCUUCCCACCCCAGCACCCCAGCCAGCCUGGUAGGCAGAGCCCAGAAUAAAGCAGCUUCUGCCUAGA